AUGGCACCCUUAACCCUCCCCCCAGCAUUCGCCCAAAUCCCGCGCCAUUCCCUCCUCUACCCCCACCCAUCCCCAAUCCACCCCCUCCCCGCCCUAACCAAACACCUCCUCCCCAACCCCCGACCUCAAACCCAAAUAACCCUGCACGCCAAACGCGAAGACCAAGCCUCCCCACUGGCCUGCUCCGGCAACAAAUACCGCAAACUCGAAUACCUCAUCCCAGACAUCCUCUCGCCCACCCCGCAAUACGGGGGACUGGGCCCCAGCCCUGAGCGGGGGAGUGCAUGUGCACCGGCACCACCGCCAUCAUCAAGCCCCACCACCACCACCACCACUCCUCAAAAACCAACCCUAAUAACAGAAGGCGCCCUCCAAAGCAACCACACCGUUCAAGUCGCCGCCCUAGCCACCCACCUCAACCUCUCCGCCGUGCUGUGCCUCCACAAAACCACCGGCGGCGGAUGGCGCACCGCGCCGGACCCGCGCGCCUUCGCGCGCACCGGCAACGUCCAGCUCGCGAAGCUCCUCGGCGCAGACGUCAGACUGCUCGACUCGGCGAAUGUGGCUGCCCUCCCAAACCCCCAGGCCAAGAAGGAAGACUCAAACGCCGACGACAACGACCCCAUCGCAUCAAUCAUACACACCCUCCGCACCCGCGAGGGCAAGAUCCCCUACUGGAUCCCCUCGGGAGCCAGCCUGCACCCCCUCGGCGGAUUGGGGUAUGCGCGUUGUGCGUUUGAGAUUGCCGCGCAGGAGGGAGAUGCUCCACAGCACGCCCAAUCUUGGCCGAAGUCACGGUACGACUAUAUCUUCGUCGCCUGCGGCAGCGGAAGUACCCUGGGCGGAUUGAUCGCGGGGUUCAAGCUACUCGAGAAGGUAGAGGGACAACAAUCACAAACAACCGCAGCAGCAGCAGCAGCACGGCAGCAGCAACAGCACCGCCCACCCCGCAAGAUCAUCGGCGUGCUCACGUCGCCCACCAGCCCCAAAGCCUACCACGAGGAGCGCGUGCUGCGGUUCGCGCGGCAGGCGGCCGGGUUGAUUGGGCUGGAUGAUCCGCAACGUGAGAUCACGGCGGCGGAUGUGACGCUCGAGGAGCGGUUCGUGGGUGCCGGGUACGGGGUGCUGGAUGCGGAGACCAAGCAGGCCAUGGACGUGGUGGCGCGCACGGAGGCCGUCGUCCUCGACCCCGUGUACACGGCCAAGGUGGCGCGGGCGAUGAUGCAUUGGGUGGGGUCGGGCGAGUUGGAGGAGGAUUGGCGGCGGCGGAGGGGGAGGGGAAAGUCUGAAACUGGGCCUGGGAAGCUCGCGGAGGAGCCCGGCGACGCGGUGAAUGUGCUGUUCAUACAUACUGGGGGCCAGUCGGCGUUGAGUGCGUAUGCUGAUGCUGAGUGA